AUGAAGGCGUGGCAAUACUCCAAGACGGCAGGAGGCCUCGAGAAGAACCUCACCCUUCAAAACGCCGUCCCCGUCCCUAGACUCCCCACGAACCCCAGCACUGCCCAACUCCUCAUCCAAGUGUUGUCGACGAGCAUCAACCCCGUCGACUACAAGGCGCCUGAGACAGGAUUCUUGUCCCGCAUCGUCUUUGGUUCACCGGCAACUCCAGGCACCGAUUUCUGCGGGCGUGUGGUGCGGACUGCAGGCCCGGCGGACGAGAGGGCCGGGUUUGACGUUGGGGAUCUAGUCUUUGGUCGGACAGGCUUCCAGCAACACGGUACCACGAGCGAGUAUACCACAACCCCAGCAAAAAAUGUUGCGCGUCUGCCAGACGGGGUGAGCCCUGAUGAUGCUGCUGCCGUGGGCGUGGCGGGUUUUACGGCGUAUCAGAGCAUCGUGCCCCAUGUCAAAGCGGGCGACAAGGUCUUCAUCAACGGAGGCUCAGGGGGCACCGGCACCUUUGGCAUCCAAAUCGCUAAACUCCUCGGUUGUCACGUCACUGUGUCCUGCUCCCCCGGAAAGGCCGACCUUUGCCGCUCGCUCGGCGCCGACGAGCUCAUCGACUACAACUCCAACGACGUCUCGGCGGCUCUCAAAGCAAAAGGCCAGGUGUUUACGCUGGUCGUCGACAAUGUGGGGUCGCCUGCCUCGCUGUACAAGGCGGCCAACGAUUUCCUGCAGCCCACGGGCCGGUUCGUGCAGGUUGGAGCGGGUCUGGACGCACACUCGGUCAAGACGAUUACACCAAGGUUACUGCGGCCUGCGUUUCUCGGGGGUGGAAAACGCAAGUAUGAGCUGUUUGUGAUGCGCCCCAACCGCGAGGAUCUGAAACAACUGGGGACGUGGAUUGCAGAUAAGAAGAUUCGGGUCGUUAUUGGGGAAACUUACGAAUUCGGGGACGUGCCUAAGGCAUUUGAGAAGUUGAAGACGGGUCGAACGAUGGGGAAGUUGGUCAUUCAUGUGGGGAAGUAG